CUCCUCUCCUCUCCUCCUCCCCCUCCCCCUCCUAUGUAGUCCCCUGGUUACCCCGUGCUGCCUGUGUCGCUCGGAUUCAUGCACGCGGACUCGCCGAGGGCUCCAGCGUGGGGGAUUUCAUUUACCUGAAGAUUAGUACAGCAAUAGAGUGCGGCAAUAGAGUAGUGGGAAGGCUUCUGGGUAUGGAUCGAUGGGCAUUACACUGUCGGUCAGAUCAGCCCCCCAGGAAAUCAUACUAGUGGCCUAGUUUGCUGAGGGUUGUUCCAGGAAGGGGCCCUGGUUUGCUUGGCAUCUGUGGGUCUGCAUUUCCGAUGCCUGAGUUACUGUUAUCUGAAUCUCAAGGCGGUGGCACGAGUCUUGACGCCGUUGCGGCUGCCAUUCGAGUGCUGGAGGAUGACCCCAUCACCAAUGCUGGCCGAGGUUCAAGUUUCACCGAGAGUGGUCGGGUCGGAUGCGAUGCAAGUAUCAUGGAUGGAACUGCAGGUUCCUAUGGAGCUGUCGGAGCUGUGCAACGUACCUGUGGAAAAAUAUCAGGUGUAAAGAAUCCCAUCCAAGUUGCAUUGCACUUGGCAAAUGAACAAAUUUCAGGCUCUUCACUCCUUGGUUUUUGGUCGGUGAGGGAGCAUGCCAAUGGGGAAAAUGUAAAGGAAUUGACAUAAUUGGAGCCACAUCGUAGGAGAAUAACGUAAACCCUCUUGUGGAGAAUUCUUCCAUCCAAUUCUUCAAUCCUAACCGCUGGUAAUUUACUAUUUCUUCUCCCAUUCUCACACAGUGGUUAGUGACUGGGAAUGCAAAAGCACAAUGGGUAAAAUACAGUGCGUUGCUUGCUAGUGCCAAGGAAUCGGUUGAUCGCUCCACUGCUUCUGCUUCAGAAUCUAGUGCAAUACAGUUGGACCCAUCAGGUUCCUUCAUCUUCUACAUAUGCUUGUUCAUUUUUCAUUUGUGCUUUAAUCCUUCCAAUGAUUCUGGCACCCAUAUUCGGGAUUCGGGGGCGAAACCCUAUGCCGCCGCCGGUUCCCCGCCUCCCCUUCUCCUCCUCCCCCGCCGCCGCCGGCAGCCGUCAUCGGGCUUGCCCGCUCGGCGGUAGGCGGCGGCUUCCCCGCGCACCCGCCUUGGCCUCUGGCGAGUCCCCCACCCUGCAUCGGCCGCCGCAACCCGCGUCUCCCCUGGUGGCCGCCGAGACCGACCCUCUGCGGCGGCCGUUGCCUUCGGUGUUGUCGCCCUGCGCCUUCGCCUGGGACGGCGCCACCCGUCAGAUCCGGCCGCCUCGGCCCUGGGAUCGGAGCCAGAUCCUCUGAUCCGGCGGCUGGUGGGCCGGGGUUCACCGGAUCCGCACGGAUUUGGCCGGCGUGGCCUUGCCUCGUCCUGCCCGGCUUGGUGUUUUCGCGGUGUGGUGAAUCCUGGUGGCGGCGGUGAGGGUCUUCCUCCAUGUCUCGACGGGAUGUGUGCGGUGGGUGGAUGCCGGGGCAGCGGCCUCGGGCGGUGUGGACGGGGGUGGAUGGAUGGCGUCUGGACCGCGUGGGCGGUGAGUUGCCGGUGGAUCUCCUUCGCGCUGCAGGCUCUCUCCCGCUGCACUUGACGGCUUACGAUCGCGGUCGUCGGCCUCGGUGCAUUCGCGAGAGCUGGUUGAGAUGACAUCGGACCGGAGGAAACUCUGGGUGACUCGUUCAUCCCGACGGUGGCGACGACCAGGGUCGCUGUUUUCCUCCUUGCAGGCGCCGUCGAGGUCCCUGCCCUCCACCCCGAAACCAUGCCCGGGUGAAAACCCAUAAUCUCCUGCGAUUGGGCGGCGGCGGCACUGCGAGUGUCGUACCCUUAUUGGAGGCAUCACCUGGGCGUUUGGAUGCUCGGUUAGAGGAACUGCAGGCGGAGGGGAUGGGACCAGUGGCAGUAGGUGGUGUUCGCGAAGGAGGAGCGGCGUGGCAUCUGGCACGUCGACAACGGCGGGUCUCAUCGGCAUGGAGCAGCGGGGUCUCGCCGGUGGGCGUGUGUUGAUGGACGAGCGCAGGGCGGUGGAGCUGUCUGGCGCCAUGGUGGCGUCGGCGGCAGCAAGACCGGGCAAGGUUCAUGCAGCAGUAUAGCACUGAAGAUGGAUUGGUGGCAGGUGGCUGCGGCGGCCUCAUACUCGGUAGGCGUCCUGGUUGAGGAGUGCGCCGGACUGAUGGGUGCCCCAUACCCGGCAGGCAUCCUGGUUAGGAC